UUUUUUUACUGUGUGGUUUUCCACCCUGUCUCUCUGUAUCAUUUCAGACCUUACAUCUGCAGCCUCGGUGUGCGCAGAACAACCACUGUGUUCUAACCGCUGCUCUUGCUUUGAGGCUGCCUUCCUGUUCCUCAGGGUGACGAACAAUAGGAACUCAAGGUAGCCUCAAACGCCUCACAGGACCGUGCAGAGCGGAGCGGAGGACUAUAUUAUAAUCUAACUCUGGAAUAUUCUGUCAGGCUCUCUGACUGUGAACAACAUGAAGACACAUCUACGGUUUAUUCUCCUAUUUAUUCAGGUUUGUGAAGUCUUUGCAGAGGUGGUUUUUAAGCGCCUUGCAGAGGAUCAGUGUCUGGUACUCUCCUCCACUAUACAGCCGGAACAUGGCCGCCUGGUAGGACUGUAUCUGUACCACCGUGGCCCCCAGGGUCAGACCACCCUGCUGUCAGCAGCUGAGGGCACCCCGGUCCGGGUGGACCCAGAGCGAGGGGCCCGUCUGCAGCUCAGUGGGGGCCUGAACUCACUGAGGAUCAACAUCAGCAUCUCUCCCCUGCAGCUGAGGGACUCUGGACUCUACAUGUGGGAGCUGAGAUACGUACAGAAGAACGGCUCAGAGCAGGUCAUCCUUUGGGGCCAGAAGUGCUUCCUUCUGGUUGAAAGGGAAGGGGGGUCCUGCCAGUGCUCUCAUGGUUACAUCCCUCUGCUCCUGACCAUCUCUGCUGCAGCAGGGCUUCUCCUCCUAACAACCUGCUUGCUAGUCAUGGAAAAAUGUGUCAGAGUACAGCACCGUCGCCCACUGCAGCCUAACUCCCCCAUCUAUGAAGAAAUGAGCAGGAAGCAGAAGGAUGCAGGAAGCCCUAACAUGGAGCACAAGGCCCCCCCACGCUCAGAAGGGGACUUCCCGAUUUACGCCAACCCAAACAUCCGGCAGCCGCAGGACAACUACUAUGCCUCCCCUCGGCAGCUGGCCCUCAGAGCAUGAACACACUUCCGCUGCUCCCGGCAUCAUGCAGACAGGAAGUGACAUCAACACCCUCAAUAAAAACAAAGACAGCUUAACAGACAAGAAAAAAAAUGCUAUUUUAUUAAUAUUUGAAAGAAGCUCCAUAGUUCAUGAAAACAUUUGUUUCGGUGCAUGUCAUUUAACAAUCACAUUCUAUGAGGAGAAAGAGAUAUACAGAAAAACAAAAAUAAAACAUUACAAGCCACUGACUUCUCAUUAACUCUCAGUAACAUUAAAAAAGGCAAAAAAA